GAGGCGUCAUAAAGAAGAAGUAGAGUUUGUGCAUGGCACAGUUUAACGUGACUAACAGGAGAAGUUACAGCUGGAUGUUUACAGUGUUAUUGUACAGUAAUAUUACUGUAGUAAAUGUUCCGGACUGAUUAAAGUAUUAACCACCCGCCUUGCCCCGUUUCUCCUGAUGCCCCGUUCGUCUCGGAUGUGAUGUAGGCAGCUGCAUUAUCAGUAUCAGUGCUGCUGUAUGAGUGAUCGCUCACAGUGGGAACAUGCUGCUGGCUACAGUAAACCAGGGAGGUGCAGAAUUCACACAUGGGCGAAGUGAUGCUCAGAACUUCACUUUGUGCCUCGGUGACAUUUCAGACGAUCAAUACAUAGACAGCUUGGAGGCUGUGACUCUCACUGAUGGCUCAACUGCUUAUAUUCAGCGAAAUGCUCAAGAUACCAAAGCAUUGUCAGCUUUAGAUGGGAGUGUACUGGAGGGGCAGGUUUUCCAGCUGGAUGAUGGGGCUACUGCUUAUAUUCAGCAUGUACAUCAUGGAGAGGAGCCUAGUGGACUGUCAGGUGCUGCGACGAGUGAGAGUCUGAGGCUGGAGGCCGGACAGGCUGUGCAGUUGGAAGAUGGAAGCACUGCUUACUUACAUCACAUACCUAAAGAGUUGUACGAUUCCCCUGCGCUCCAGGCAGUGCAGCUAGAGGACGGCUCCACUGCCUUCAUCCAGCAGCCGCUGCAGAUGUCCACACCAGAUACAAUCCUGGCCAUCCAGGAAAGUGACACCGUGUCUGAUCUUCCUCUGGAGGAAAUCACAGACCCUGAGACGGUCACGGUGUUGGAACAGUACACUGCUAAGAUAGAAGAAAUGGAAUUUUAUACAAACACUGGGUUGCUCACAAAUGAAAAUGUUGUGCAGAUUGUUUUUCCGAGUCAGGAUGGCCGUCGCAGCGCGCAACAGCUCGAGGAGAAAUCGUUUCAGUGCAGCUAUGAAGGAUGUGGCAAACUUUACACUACAGCAUAUCACCUCAAGGUCCAUGCCAGAGUGCACACGGGGGACAAACCCUACUGUUGUGACAAACCCGGCUGUGAAAAAAAGUUUGCAACAGGACACGGGUUGAAAAACCACAUGAGGACCCACACUGGUGAAAAGCCCUACGGCUGCACAGAAGCCAGCUGCAAAAAAGCUUUCAAGAACUCAGGAGACCUCCAAAAGCACAUCCGAAUCCACACGGGAGAAAAGCCCUUCCUUUGUCCGUACGAAGGCUGCGGCCGAUCUUUUCGGACCUCUAACAUUUGCAAAGUGCAUAUGCGCACACACACCGGGGAGAAGCCAUACCACUGCUCCGAGCCAGGCUGCAACCGGGCCUUCGCAAGUGCGACCAAUUACAAAAACCACAGCAGGAUCCACACCGGCGAAAGGCCGUACGUUUGCACUAUUCCUGGCUGUGACAAGCGCUUCACCGAGUACUCGAGUCUGUACAAACAUCAGGUGGUUCACACGCCCUGCAAACCGUACGAAUGCAGCCAUUGUGGGAAGACCUACAAGCAGAUCUCAACGCUGGCACUGCACAAGCGCACGGUACACAACGAAUCGGAGCCCAUCGAGGAAGAGCACGAGGACUACGAGCCUCCGGCAGAAGCCAUUGAUGAUCCCUGCAUGAACGGUACUUCACAUUACUCAGAUACGACCUCUGACCUCUCAGCACAGGAGCAGGUCACCGUCGUCACACAGGACGACGAUCGUCAGGUGGUUGCCAAUACAAUCACCAUGGUAACGCAGGAUGGUGACAUGCUCACCCUCCCAGCUUGUGAGUCGUUAACAGCUGACAGCACAGAAGGACAGAGCAAACAGGAAGCAGUGCUUCAACAUCCAGUUACUCUGCUGACAACUUCUAAUGGAAAGCAAGUUGCUGUUGAGCUCAGUGAACAGAUGACGCUGGAGGAAGCUCUGAGAAUUGCAUCAGCUCUACAGCAAGGAGCCACUGCAGAGUUGGAACAUUAACACUUUAACUCUUGACUAAAAUACUACGUUUUGUCUGCUUAUUUUGCUCAUUUGUUAAACCUUGGUCUGUAGAUCUUAAUGUUUACAUUGAUAUUUUUGAUAAUGUAUGUAUGAAAGAUCAGAAAGACUGUGUGUAUUAAACUAAAGAACUUUAUAAAACA